ACAAAAACAAGCCUUUAUCAAAACCCCAUCAUCAUAUUUCAACUCAAAAGCUUCUCUCUAGCACCCGAUACCGCUCAUCGCCACUGCUAAAUUCUUGCAGUCAGGAAAUCCCUAAAUUCUGUAUUUUAAUGGCUGCACCAACCCAAGGAAACUUGGACCGCGAGAAGCAGAGCCUGCUCAGCCAGCACAAGGAGCAUCACUUCACCGCCGGUGAGAUUGUCCGCGACAUCAUCAUUGGAGUAUCCGACGGUCUCACUGUGCCUUUCGCCCUCGCUGCCGGUUUAUCAGGCGCCAAUGCCACUUCUUCCAUUGUUCUCACUGCUGGCGUCGCUGAAGUCGCUGCCGGUGCUAUCUCCAUGGGACUUGGAGGGUAUCUUGCGGCUAAAAGCGAGGCAGAUCACUACGCAAGGGAACUGAAAAGAGAAGAAGAAGAGAUCAUUGCUGUUCCUGAUACAGAGGCAGCUGAAGUGGCGGAGAUACUAGCAGAGUAUGGAAUAGAACCACAUGAAUAUGGGCCUGUGGUUAAUGCUCUUAGGAAGAAACCUCAAGCAUGGCUCGAUUUCAUGAUGAAGUUUGAAUUGGGGUUGGAGAAGCCAAACCCAAGAAGAGCACUACAGAGUGCUCUAACCAUCGCCAUAGCUUACAUUUUGGGUGGAUUGGUGCCUCUCAUUCCCUACAUGUUCAUUCCAAGAGCUCAAGAUGCUGUGGUUGCAUCAGUCAUAGUAACCUUAGUUGCGUUGCUGAUAUUUGGCUAUGCAAAGGGGUAUUUCACAGGUAACAAACCCUUCAGAAGCGCCUUGCAAACUGCCCUUAUUGGUGCCAUUGCAUCUGCUGCUGCAUUUGGUAUGGCUAAGGCUAUCCAUGCAUAAUCCUUCCGGUAAUUUUAUAUUACAAGGAUUUUAUGAGAGCUUUAACUUGCUUAGCUUGUAAUGUCAAUUGUAUUGGAAUGCUUUUGGAUAUUCGUUGGAUCAUUCUAUUUACUUCAAAAUGUUGGAAUUUCCAUGGAUUAUUAAGCG